AUGGGCACUCAGACUUCAACCAUACCAGACCACCGUGCAUUACUGAAAAGGUGAAGAAAAUCCUGCAGACUAUAUGUCUAGGCACACUUCCAGUCACACCGAACUCUGCAGCAGACAGGAAAAAGUUGCUGAAGAGUACAUUAACUACAUUGCCACAACUUCAACACCAACUGCACUCACCCUCAUCAUGAUUGCAAAGGCCACAGGACGUGACCCAAUCCUCCGUGCCGUCAUAGACGCCGUUCAAUCAGGCAAGUGGCAUGAACUAGCCAAGCAUCCAAAGGUCGACACUGACACAUUUCACACAUACGAACGCCUCAAAGAUGAGUUAACCGUUGGAACAAAAUUAGUGAUUCCAAACAAGCUACAACGUCGCGUCGUGGACUUGGCUCACGAAGGUCACCAAGGCAUUACCAAAACCAAAUCCCUACUACGAGAGAAGGUGUGGUUCCCUGGAAUCAACAAAAUGGUCGAAGAACGAGUAAAAUCCUGUCUCGCAUGCCAAGUUGCAACCCCGGAGGCAGCACGUGAGCCGUUACAAAUGUCUACUCUGCCCGAUCAAGCGUGGGACGAGAUAAGCGUUGACUUUGCUGAACUCUCAACAGGGGACUACCUCUUGGUGGUAUCUGACGACUACUUACGCUAUCCAAUUGUUGAAGUUAUUCGUUCAGUGGCAGCCCAAGCUGUAAUUCCUAAACUCCAACACAUCUUUUCACAAUUUGGCAUUCCAGGAAUUCUGAAAUCCGAUAACGGUCCGCCGUUCAACUCCGAAGCCUUUGCCACUUUCGCCGCUAAUCUGGGAUUUACCCACAGAAAGAUCACUCCCUAUUGGCCAAGAGCCAAUGGCGAAGUAGAGCGGUUCAUGAGGACGGUAAAGAAGAUCGUGAAGAUUGCACUUACACAGCAGAAACCAUGGCGAGAAGAACUAACCAACUUCCUUCGGAACUUCAGAGCUACACCACACAGCUCAACUGGAAAGGCUACGUCAGCUAGAGUCCUAUCCAUUUAUUUUAUUAUCCAUUCCAUAAUACAAUACAUCAACCUUUUUACACAGGUUUGACAGUGAGAAAGCUAAAGUAUGGAUAUUUCUGUUGCAAAUUAUCGAAUAAGAAUUGGUUCACAUUAAAAGUGCCUAUAUCACUUGUGGGACCUUUAUGGAUUCGAAUAGAGCGUAAAAAGUUAGUUAAUAAGUUCAAAAGAUUUUUGUGGCUAGCCCGUUCGCGGGCUAGCCACAAUGUAAAGCUGAACGAAGGAUGUCAAGAUGUGACGGAAAUUGUCGUCAACUUCGGAAACUGUCGUUCAUGACAUGAGAUUGCCUGCGAUCAGGCCUGAAAUAAAUAAACAUGGAUCAGUUCGAGCAACACUGCAGUGUGCUUUGGAAUUGGAAAUUUGGUAUUAUAAAUGUUCAAUAUUUCAUCAAACAAAACAACGGAGAUAAAGAUAAACCAAUUGUCGACAAAACAUCAAAGAUGAAGGUAUAUCAAUGUAUAUCAUCGCUAUUUUGGUUGACAUUUCGGUAAUGUUACUAAGCAGCAAUAUUAUUAUUGAAAGUGUACCGUAUUAUUUAUAAUUAAACCUAUACUGGCUAUAGAUUUGGUGACUAAUUGUACACUCUUUUCAUAUUUAACGAGUGAAGCUUUGAUAUUGAAUUCACCACUAAGCAACUAUUGACAAUAUUACUGAAGUGUAGCGUUUAAAGUAGAAACAAUCAAAGUAUAAAACAAAGUAGUUACUGAUAUUUUCUUUAGAAUAUUCUCGACAUAUUUCACGUUGGUUUUUAGCAAACCAUAUGUUUGUUUCACUUAUAAGUGGCAUUCCUUUUAUAUGUACUUUAUAGUAAGAUUUUUAUAUUAAUUGGAAAGUUGUUUAUAUUAAUUGGAAAGUUGACAGAACAUUAAUUAAAUUAUGAUUGAAUAUUUUGAAGUAUAUACUAUUAAUACGGUAAUAUGAGUAUUAUCAUUGCAGGUAAUUGCAGUAGCAGACUUGCAUAUACAUUCUUUUAAUGCAUGUUAGCUAUAUAUUAAAGAAAAUUAAAACAGAACCAGACACAGUACUAAAAUGCGGUGCCCGCCUACAAAUAAAACUUUCGGCGUUUCCGCCUACAUGCACAAGUAAAGUUAUAUUUAGCACGCUACACAUUUUCCUGUCGGCCGCCAUUUGGUUCGUACGUUAGGAUCAAAACUGCGUUUUAAAGCCUUCAAAAUAAAAUACUUUGAGCUCAAAAUACUAUCAAAAUGAGGAGAAAAGUGAGACGAAUCCACUUGCAUACGGCCGAAAACGAGAAAACCAACAAUUCCGAAGUUAUCAAGUAUCAAACGGACUGCAUUUUUAUAAUUAGUUUAAUCAUUUUGAGCGUUUGUCAACAAUACAAUUUCGCUUAUUAAAACUGUACAUUAAAACCUUCAAAUUAUAAUAUUUUGGGCUCAAAAUACUAACAAAAUAAAGAGAAAAGUGAGACGAAUCCACUGGUAUACGGCCGAAAAAGAGAAAACCAACAAUGCGAAAGUUAUCAAGGUCAAAUGUAUUGCAAUUUUAAUUAGUUUAAUCAUAGCAGCCCAAAAAUGCGUGUUGAAAUUUUUACCCUCGCGCGUGACGCUCGGGCAUGCAUCGAGUCUACUCAGUUUAUUAUUAUGACUGAAAACACUCGCCCGUCGGGCAUCGUGUUUCCACAAAACUCAUUAUAGUCUUUAUAUCAACGCCGAAAGAUGUUUUAUAAUUCUUAAAUAUUCACGAUACCGCCAUAAUUUUUUAAAAUUCAAUACAAUACAGACAUUGGGCUGCUGUGUUGUGAUAUGAAUUCCAAUUUUCUCUCCCAAACGAGAGGCUAGCCACAUGUACGCAGUGCGUACCUAUUUUUUUGAUUUAGUGCAAUAAUUUCGAAGAUACAGGCUUCUAAACUACCUACAGUUCCUGACUCCCAGGCUCCUAUUGACAAUGGACAGUUUCGAAAAAGGCCAAAUUCAAUAGCCUUGUUUAGACCCCAGGAGCCUGGGACUCAGGAACUGUAGGUAGUUUUAGAGGCCUGUAUCUUCGAAAUUAUUGCACAAAAUCAAAAAAUCUUUUGAGCUUAUUAACUAACUUUUUACGCUCUUUUCAAAGCCAUAAAGGUCCCACAAGUAAUAUAGGCACUUUAGUCACAUAUUAACUUUGUGCAAGCCCUGGAGCCGGUUGUAUAAAAACGUAAUUAGCGCUAACUGUAGUUAGCGUUAAUCACUGUAGUUAAAUCCUUAACUGUAAUCCCCGAGCCGACGGCCGGAAGCGCCGUGCGAGGGUACUAAUUCCCCCCCAGCUAUUUACACCCCGGGAAACGAAAGCAUUAGCGGAGUCUAAAGUUCAUCAAAUAUCGC